CGCUCGAGGCUCGACCUGAGCAAGCCGCCGGCGGCAGCAGUGGAUGGUGUCGAUGCCGUCGAGCUGCACCAUGGAGAAGUUGACAGUGUCGAGAUGCUCCAUCCACAAGGAGAAAGGGGCGCACAUCUUCGAGGUUGCUGGGUACAGCCUCAUGCAGGGCAUGGGCGUCGGCAAGUUUGUCUGCUCGCCCACCUUCACCAUCGGUGGGUACGACUGGUCCAUCAAAUGCUACCCCGAAGGAACCACCAAGCUGUCCAAAGGGUGUGUGGAGAUAUGUCUCGAGCUCAUGAGCAGCAACGCCGAGGUUCGGACCCUGUUUGAUUUUGGAUUGGUAAGGCACGAUUCAGGAUUGAUCAGUACAGCGUUUGCCCCACAAAGCAAGGUCUUCAGCUCAAAGGCCAGGGAGACCUGUCAGUAUAGUGUGAUGAUUGUAGGCAGCAGCAUUGAUGCAGAACCAACUAAGUUCCUUCAGAAUGAUGUCCUCAUGAUCAAAUCUGUAAUCACGGUGAUCAAGGAAUCCCAGGCUUCUGUGACUGCAGGCCCUCCUGAGAUCGAGGUUCCGCCAUCGGACAUCCUGGAGCAUCUAGCAAAGCUGCUGGAAGCUAAGGAGAAAGCAGAUGUCACUUUCAGUGUUGGAGGAGAGACGUUCCAGGCGCACAAGACCGUGCUCGCCAUGCGGUCACCCGUCUUUGAGGCAGAGCUCUUCGGGCCGCUGAGGGAGACAUGUGUAACCAUCCAAGACAUGCAGCCUGCUGUGUUCAAGGCUCUGCUGCAUUUCAUCUAUACGGAUUCAUUGCCUGACUUGGAUGAUUUUGAAGGUGACGACAAAUGUGAAAUGCACCGCCAUCUACUGGUGGCUGCAGAUAGGUAUGCCAUGGACAGGCUGAAGAUUAUAUGUCAAAACAUCCUUUGCAAGAAUCUUGAUGUGGACAACGUGGCAACUACAUUGGCUUUAGCUGAUCAGCAUAACUGUGAUAAGCUUAAGGAUGUCUGCGUGGAGUUUAUUGCCUCUUCAGAUAAGAUGGAUGAUGUGGUUGCAACCCAAGGUUAUGCAGAUCUCAAAAGAUCAUGCCCUUCUGUCUUGGUAGAUGCUUUCGAGAAGAGAAGUAGGUCUCGCAAAGCAUAGAUGGCCAGCUUGUUGUCAGCUAAACAUAUUGGUUGGGUAGUUUAGUUUGUAAAAUCGAGUAGUAUAACAUCAUUGUGUGGACCUGUCAUUGUCACAUACAUUGCAAUGUCCAAUGUCAGAUAACAGUAGCAUGUUGUUGAUGGAACACAACAACAUAAGUCGCAACUAGUUUUAUACCGUCAUACUGUUAACUGGUUCCUUGAGAACCUAAAGAUGGCACCUGGCUCAUAAUUGUGGUUCCUUGAGAACUGAAAGAUGGCACAUUGUAUGCAACCUGUCUUAUAAUUAUUCAAGGCCCAUAAGCUAUGAGUA